AGAAGAAGAAGACCGUUGCGUUUUUUGCUCGACGCUCUUCCAUCUGCAGGAGUCUCAGCUUUUUUCUUCCAUAGAAUGGAAAUAAGGAAUUAGUCAGACAUAAUUAGUAGUAUUUUUAUGUGAUACGGUAGGAGUUUUAUCGGGGCGGCGAGAAAUAACUGAAUUGUUCCUUCGUUUGUUAGUAUUAUUAUUAGUAUAUAUGUUUUUUUCCUUCGCGCGACCUCGUAGUGUUUUGGAGGGGAUUCGACAUCCAAGUUGGAGGCCAGAGAGGAGAUUCAUUCAUCUGGUUUAUUUCCUGCUCAGCCCUCGGUGUUACUCCAGCGGUAUUGAUUGAUUAAUCGAUGCUUUUGAUUGAUCGAUCGAUCGAUCGAUCGAUUGAUUGACUCGAAGCAGAUGCAGCGGGAAGGGCUCGUGCACGCCGGCGUGGUUGACAUGGCAACGACUUCUUCUGUGGCCCGGAUUAUUUAGAUGUAUGAAAAAAAAGACCUCGAUUUUAUAAGAACCACCGUAAUCUCCAUGUGACUUUGCAUCGGUGUGUAGUUUAGCCCAGCUCUCCUCAGCUGGCUCUUUUCUCUUCUCACCCGUCCGGCAUUUGCACCCACUUGUGCUCGUAGCAGAAUGGCCCCGCUGGUUGAAGAGCUACGCAGACUGAGCUGGAUCCUCGCCAUAGCUCUGCUGCGCUUCACCUUCAUGUUCAUCAACAACUGCGUGGCGAUUCCAUCCUACUGCUUGUACCUGAUCGUCUUGCAGCCGCUCAGGGUGGUGCACAGCUCCGCUUUCUGGUACGUCGAGGGCGUCAUGUUCCGGUGGCUCCUCGCCAUGGUGGCGUCAUGGGGCUGGUGUGCAGGAUACACAGUGACAGAAUGGGGCGAUGACGUCAGGCCGAUAUCUGAAGAUGAAGCCAUGGUCAUCGUCAACCAUCAGGCCACCGGGGACGUCUGCACUCUAAUGAUGUGCCUGCAGGAUAAAGGAACGGUGGUGCGGAAGAUGAUGUGGUUAAUGGACCAUGUGUUUAAAUACACUAACUUUGGCCUGGUGUCUCUGAUCCAUGGAGAUUUCUUCAUCAGACAGGGCAAAGCACAUCGGGACAAGCAGCUUAUUUACCUGAAGAGUCACCUGGACAAGUAUUACUACAGCCGAGACAGGAAGUGGAUUGUUCUGUUUCCUGAGGGCGGCUUCUUGAGGAAAAGGCGAGAGACGAGUCAGUCGUUUGCCAAGAAGAACGAUUUACCCCACUUAACACAUGUCACGUUGCCGCGUCUCGGGGCCACUCAGGUAAUCCUGAAGACACUUGGACCACAGCAAGAGAAUGGCAUGCUGGGAAACGACACCGGCUCGUCAGCACAGAAAGAUAGUAAACCUAGAGGUCUGCAGUGGGUAGUGGAUGUGACAGUAGCAUAUCCUGAGGCCCAACCCAUGGACAUCCAGACGUGGAUUUUUGGCUACAGAAGUCCCACAGUCACACACGUGCACUACAGGAUCUAUCCGGUAAGAGAGGUGCCAGUCGAGACGGAAGCUCUCACAUCCUGGCUCUAUCAGAGGUUUGUGGAGAAGGAAGAACUUCUCGAUCACUUCUAUCAGACAGGAACGUUUCCUCCAUCGAAAGGUCAGAAGGAGGCCGUUUCCCGGGCGAUGACCCUGGAUUUGCCGUGGCUGUGUGCAGUCCAGUCAUUUGCCUUCAUCUCGGGCUACAUGUGGUACAACAUCCUUCAGUACGUCUACUGCUGGUCCUGCUCGCUGCUGUGGUGAAGAGAGAGACGGGGAAAGGGAAGGAAAUAAGUGCGAUGAUAGAGGAAGGAGGAAUAGCCAUCGAUGCCGAUCUUGGAUCUGUAGAAACACAGAUGCCGUCUUAACUCGCUGGAUGGCACGAUGAUCACGGAGAAAACUUGUAUUUGAUUCUAAAUCCCAAACCUGCAUCCCAUCUGGGCACAUGCAUACAAACACACCUAUACACACACACAGACACACACACACAUGCAGUACUGCAGUAUGAACAUACAUUCAAUGAAAUAGGUGAACAGUGACAUCAUGUUUACACAUAUAAACACACACACACACACACACACACACACACGUCCAUAUAAAUAAAUGAAUAUAUAUAUAGUUCUAUAUCUCAAUGUUUACUCAUGCACAUGCUGACACAUCAAGAUUUAAUUUGAAUUCCAAUCAUAAAUUAGGCUCAGGAAUAAGCCAAUUUCAUCCACCUGCCAUCUGUUGUAACACUGUCCUGCUUACGUCUAUGUCGCGAGGAGAACGUCAAGGAACCCAAAAAGGAUUGUGCUCCGGACUUUCUGUAGUCGUUUCUGUCCUCCUCUCUCUCUCUUUCUCUCUCUAUUUUCUCCCCCGCUGUUCCUUCAUUGUCCCGUGUGCUCUGUCUUUUUUCGUCUCUGUGUCUAGACAGUAUUGCAAUUCGCUCACGUUUACACUGGACGCUUAGACAUCGCCGGAUGAGCUCCGGUUCACCUCCCGUCUCAGUAGGGGAACUUCUUUUUUUUUUUUUUUUUUUUUUCUCUUCUCCUGUUCCACAUCUCCCACAUUUCAUAACACUGAACUGCUUUCUAGUAGAGAUAAAACUUCUCUUUGUCACCCUAGUUGAAACAUGUCGGUGUUUUACAGAUAUAAUUAAGCCAUAUGCUUUGUGUGUGAGGACUGAAAAUGGAAAGGACUCAAUGUUGACUGAAUGAAGUAAGAAAUUGGGCCCUGGGUAUCAUUACUGUACAUUUAGAACAGCGUAACCUGCCGAAGUGUGCCGGUCAACGUUUUUUUUUGGUUGUUUGUUUUUCCCUCCUCUCCCUUGUUUAAUGUUGUUUUGUUUUUUUUGUCUCAGCGCUCACUGCGAAACACUGUUUAUUUUAAUUUUGUUCUUUUUUAUUAUUAUUAUUAUUAUUAUUAUUACUACUACUACUAAUGUGAACAUUUGGUAUUAUAAGCGCUGAGAUCGAAGCAAUUUCGUGACUGCAGCAUUUCAGUUGUUUUUAGUUUCAAAUAUCCUGAAUGUUAAAGAUGAAUGGAUAAAAAAAAAAAAACAUAACAGUACCCCGCUGAACUGGUGUUUCUAGGAAUUUCUUUUUCUGCAGUUUGAAGAAACAUAGACAGUGGUGUGUGAGCCUGAAUAGCCUGACUGACUGCAGUUUACUCUAUAUUACUGCAACUCGUUUAGUUCUUUUCACAUCAAGGAGUAGUUAUUAUUUUUAUUAUUAUUAUUAUUAUUGAUGAUGGCUGUUAGGACAGAGCUGUCUGUUUGGCUCAUAACAAAGACCUUCUGCUUUCCGUCUUCUGUAAGGAAAUCUGACCCCGUUUUUCACCCCUGACUCACAGUUCAGCUAAAAAUGAAAUGCACACAAGGUUCUCCAUCCUGGCUAAUGCAGUCGAUUAGCCACGACUAGUUUGUCGUCUGAAGUUUGCUUUGUAAGUCAAGUCGUAAUGAUUUCUCAUUCGUAACAAGUGUAUGCUUAUGGUGAGGCUCGGGGGGG